AUGCCGGGUGUCGGCCUCCCGAGCAAACCCAGUGCUCCCCUGGGGACCUUCAGAAAGGUGGGGCUCCCCAUCAUUGCAGCCCUGCUGAGCCUGGCCAUCCUCGUCAUCAUGGCAGUCCUUGGAAACACAGCCUCCCCCCGCCCCGGCUUGACGCCAGCACUCUCUGCCCCUCCCUGCCCCUGCCGGCUAGUCAAGGGGCUCCUGGACAAACACUAUUUCUUCUGCGGGGAGCCGCUCCACUUCAUCCCCAGGGAGCAGCUGUGUGAUGGCCGGAAGGACUGCGCCUCAGGGGAGGACGAGCUACCCUGUGUCAAGAGCUUCCCAGAUGGGCCUCCAGUGGCAGCCCGCCUCUCCAGGGACCCGUCCACGCUGCAGGUGCUGGACCCAGCCACGAGGAACUGGGCCUCUGCCUGUUUCGACAACUUCACAGAAGCUAUGGCCAAGACAGCGUGCGGGCAAAUGGGCUACGACAGCAAACCAACCUUCAGUGCCGUGGAGACUGGCCCAGACCAGGACCUGGAUGUUGUUGAAAUCCUAGAGAACAGCCAGGAGCUUCAGGUGCGGAACCCGAGCGGACCCUAUCUCUCAGGCUCCCUGAUUUCUCUGCAGUGCCUCGCCUGCGGGCAGAGCCGGAAGACCCCUCGGGUGGUGGGCGGGGAGAAGGCCUCUGUGGAGUCCUGGCCCUGGCAGGUCAGCCUCCAGUACGCCGCUCAGCACAUCUGCGGAGGGAGCAUCCUGGACGCCCGCUGGAUCCUCACGGCAGCCCCCUGCUUCAGGAAGUAUCGCGAUGUGCCCAGCUGGAAGGUGACGGCCGGCUCAGACAAACUGGGCAACUUCCCAUCUCUGCCUGUGACCGGGAUCUUCAUUGCUGAGCCCAAGGCCACGUACCCCGAGGAGAAUGACAUUGCCCUCGUGAAGCUGCAGUUCCCACUCACAUUCUCCGGCACGGUCAGGCCCAUUUGCCUGCCCUUCUCUGAUGAGGUGCUCACUCCAGCCACCCCACUCUGGGUCACUGGAUGGGGCUUUACAGAGCAGAAUGGAGGGAAGAUGUCUGACACACUGCAGCAGGCGUCAGUCCAGGUCACUGAGAGCUCUCGGUGCAACGCAGAGGACGCGUACCAGGGGGAAGUUACCGAGAAGACGCUGUGUGCGGGCAUUGUGGAGGGCGGCGUGGACGCCUGCCAGGGGGACAGCGGUGGACCCCUGAUGUAUAACGCUGAGCAGUGGCAGGUGGUGGGCAUCGUGAGCUGGGGCCACGGCUGUGGGGCCCCGAAUAACCCAGGGGUAUAUACCAAGGUCACAGCCUAUCUCAACUGGAUCUACAGUGUCCGGAAGGUGAGUCUGUUCACCCUCCCCACCUUCCUGUGUCCUGGAAGUACCAUCCCAUCCUCAGGCUUGAUUUAAAUGUCUCCGAGACAACGCUUUACAUCCCCAGUAAUUCUCCUUACUGGUAAGUGACAGCCUGAUAGGCAACCAUUAAGAGCUGAAAUUCCUCAGAUCAGAGGUUCCCAUUAAGUGCAAAUACCUUAGGGUAUUAAACACACCCAGCUUUACCACUCUCUAGUCUAUCAGAAUGAGACUGGAUGGGAGAAUGAGACUAUCAGACACUUUCCAGAGAACUGACUCUUAUAAAGAAGGUGGAAAGGUCCAUGAGACCUCCCUGGGGGGUGGGCAAAAAGCUUCAGAAAAGGUAGAUUCAUUUUGCGCACCCACGACUUUGUCCAGUUUCAAAUCAUCUGAUUCUCGCUUUGUUUGUCUCUUAUUCUAGUUGAACCUGUGAGGAUGCUGCCCCUGUGCAGCGCUGGGAACUGCUUCCGCGCUGCCCUGCCACCUGGGCAUCCAGAAGUCAGACCCCCUGGCACACCUCUCUGCCCACAGCCUCAGCAUUUCUUGGUGGGCAAAGAGCCUCCAUUCCUUUAAGAGACCCCACAGGCACCCGGGAGGAAGUCAGCAGCCCCACUUCAGCCACCCUGGUGCUCCCAGCAUCCUAAAGAGAGAGAAACACAGCCCACUGAACCAGACUCGGGCUUAGCCAUGCGUACUGAGACUCUCCUACUGUGCCGAGUAGAAGUAGAUCCUCUGGUGAGAGGCCCGAUCACCAAGCACUGGAGUGGAGGCAGGACAGGGGCGCUUCAGCCCUCUCCUUCACCCGUCCCACGCCCACCCGAGCAAGAAACCAGCUGUAAGGUAAAAUGCACCGUCCUGCUGUUGACAAAAC